GGUGGACCUGGCUGGGGGCGCCUAGGGAUGCCGCGGCUCUCCGACGUGUGUCUGCUGUUGCUCGGCCUCCCGCUGGUCGCGUUUUCCGUUCAGCUAAGCGACAUCAACAGAGCCAGAAAGCUGUGCGGCAGGCACCUACUGAAAGAAAUAGUCAAACUCUGUGGCAAUGCUAGCUGGAGCCAGUUCGAGGAGGAAACUCCGACACCGCUGCUCUCCCAGGCCACCGAGAGGGUUGACACCUUCAUCCCCGACCGCUUGGAAAGCUCCCAAACCGCUUUCCCGGUCUGGGGGAGAGGCACAAACCCAGUCCUUACUUCUGCCUCUCAGGAAGAAGCAAUAAAUAGUUUGGAGAUGCUGUCACUGCCUGAGUAUCGGUAUAAAAAGGCCAACUUGCCACCUGAUACGACAAGAAAAUUUUCCUCCUCACAAGAUAUCAAUUCAUAUAUUGAAGAGACUGUAGAAUUUCAGAAGAAAAAUACAAACAAAAUUAAAAUCUUAAGCAAUUUGUUUUGGGGGAAUCGUCCCCAAAGAAAACGCAGAGGAUACUCAGAAAAAUGUUGUCUUAAAGGAUGUACAAAAGAAGAACUUAGGAUUGCAUGCCUUCCAUAUAUUGAUUAUAAAAACUUAAAGCAAAAAGGAUCAUCAGUUGUGACUGAGAUAUACUAGCCAUCAUAGAAAUUAUACUAACUUAAUAAAAGCUUAAUAUAUUUUAGUUUAUUUUUUUGGUAGUUGUCCUUGUAGGUUCUCUGCUGUAAACAACAUCUGAAUGUACUUGCAAGCACUUGACAAUACUUUUUGGUGGUAAUAGGAAUCUCAGUAUUUCCUUUGGUGACCCCUAUUUUUCAUGUAUUUUUAUAUUUGAAGAAGAUGUUACCAGAUGUUACUGGUAUGAUCCAUGUGUAUGUCUAAGAAUUACCUCUUCAUUCUUGUCAUUAUGGUGGAAACUCUCUUAAGCUGCAUUUAAAUGGAUUAUGGAAUGUUCUGCAUUCCAUGUAUAUGACAUACAGGCUGAUGCCCAUGACUAUUAGGGCCACUACAGUAUGCCAAUACAUCUGUCCCACCAACUUAAAAAUCACUAACCAACUACCACUCCUAGUAGGAGUUCUUAUACUGUAAUGGUAGGUAGACUUUUAAUUCCUUGAGUUUUAUUAUAGUAACUGGUCAGAAAUCUUUUCACAGUUUCUAUUGAGGAUUUAAAGAAAGUUCAUUGAAUGUCUUUAGGUUGUAAAAUCUCUCCAAGGUAUUCUCUCUUUGCUUUGAAGGUGCUGAUAUAAUGUGUCACUCUAUUCUGGCUUGGUCAGAAUAGAGUGCUGACCAAGCUAGAAGCAUUACUAUCACCUCGAAACUUGUUAGAAAUGCAGUUCUAAGGUCCCACCCCAGAACUGUUGAAUCAGGAACUCUGGGUAUGGGGCUCAGCGAUCUGCGUUUUUACAGGCCCUCCAGGUCAUUCUGAAGUAAGUUAAAGGCCGAGAACCACUGGUAAUAGAGUCACUAUAUGCAUAUUUUUGAAACCCUGCUAUUUAUGUGCUUGCAUCUCUCAACUCAAUAUAGAUGUUACAACACUAAGUUUUUGGUGUAUUUUUCCACUUUAUGUCCACACAUGAAAUGUUUUUAACGCUACAAAUUAGAGCAAAACUUAAUCCAAAGAAUCCAAAGUGGAAUUCCUACUUUCCACCAUUAAUUAGGGAAUAAGCAUCAUUUGAAAUCUUUCUCUAGUUUCUUCCCCAAAUAUGUACUAUAAUGUUCUUUUCAAUUAAAUUUUUUAUUCCUAUUUGGCUCUGUUAUUUCUUAGGACAAAGGUUCUUUCCCGCAUGUAUCUACAUCAUGUACACUUACAAUGCAUUAAUAAAUUUGUUUGAAUUUUUUUUUUACCAGUUCCAGGCUACAGUCUACAUUCAGUUAUCUUUCUAAAUAUAGGGAGCCUCCUGUUUAGAAACAAAAUAAUAGAUUAUAUCGUGGUUGAGUGGUGAAGUAUGUCUGCUAGGUGUUAGAUGAAAAUGCACCAUUGAUAAUUGUCUAUGCUUAAGCCAAAAUACAGUGAUGCACUUGAGCCAGUUUGAAGAAUUAUAGGUCUGUACUUGUAGUUUAAGAAUAGGGGCCGGCCAGGUGGCAUAGCAGUUAAGUUCACACGCUCCCCUGUGGUGGGCGGCCCGGGGUUUGCAGGCCUGGAUCCUGCACGCAGACUGAUGCACCACUUGUUAAGCCAUGCUGUGGCGGUGUCCCAUAUAAAGUAGAGGAAGAUGGGCACGGAUGUUAGCCCAAGGCCAAUCUUCCUCAGCAAAAAGAGGAGGAUUGGCAACAGAUGUUAGCUCAGGGCUAAUCUUCCUCACAAAAAAAAAAAUGAAUGCUGAAAAAAUAAAAAGCUUAUUGGUUUACUAAUAUAUACACAUCAAAAGUCCAAAUUAGAAAAUCAUGAGAUUAACAAAGCGUGUUAUUUGCACAGCUAUAUACUUCCCUACACACUUUACUAAUUUGUAUGUUAGGGUGUAUUUGCUUUUUGGCUUAGUGCCUGUCUAUUAAUAUUUAUAAUUAUGCUAACAAUGAUUUUGUGCAUUUGGAUAGAACACUCAUUUUUCUUAUGGACUUCUUAGAGCAAUCCUGAAGCAAAAAAAAUGAAUGAAAGAUGAGAUACUUUGGUAUUAAGCGACUUGUUGAGGCUCCUUCAUGUUAAGUUACUUGCUAGUUAGCAGUAGAGCUGGACCAAGAUUCUAAUCCUAGCAUCUUGUUCAAUACUGAUGUGAAUAAAAUCAUGAGCAGAAAUUAUGCAUACAUUUUUGUUUGAAGUUCAUUUAUUUGCCCUCUACUUUGUUUAGCAUCUCUGUUGAUUAGUAAUCUAUUGGCUCUAGGCCCCAAAUCUCCUGUUCUUUAUUCUGCUUUUUGAUGCUGGGACUUGGAUCCCGUAAACCACACUGUUCCUUUACUAGCUGGCUUCUUGUGAGGUUCUGCCAGUGGGGCACUAGAGGGGACUCCUUCCCUUUUUGUUCCCUAUUUCUUUCAGUAUCACUCGGCAGCAUUUCUGCUGGUAGUGGCAGUUUGUUUCAUUUUAUCCUUAACUUCCAUAAGCAGCUUCAUCACCUUCCCUCAGAAAUACCAACACCAGCUGACAGAUGCCCUUGCUCAAAGGUCUGAGUUCCAUCUCUGUGGGGGCCCUCCACCAAGCUCCUAUGGUACAAGCAUCAGCUGGGCAGCACAUUCUCCUGAGAGAUCAGGGUCCCAGCUCCAUGGGUGCCUUUUUUCCAAGCUUUUAGGUUUUGAUAACUUCGGCUUUUUUCUUUUGUUUAGGCGUGGUAGCUGCUUCGUAAAGUUUUUUUUAUCUCUGUAUUACCUUCGUGUUUGAUUUUUUUCCUUUUCAGUCCUCUAAUAUGAGUCUAACUCUUUAUAUUAAAUUUUCUGUUAAAAUACUUGAUGUGGUUUCUGUUUUUUUGAGUGGGCUUGAAUGAUAAAGCUGCUGACAGUAGUUCAGAAAGUGGUUUUGAAUUGGUUUAGGGCAAGGAUGAAGGUAAAUCAGUUUCAUAUUAAAUGGAAACUCCAAAUGAUUAGU